AUGCCUCACGCUGGAAAUCCAUUAUCAGACAUCGAGAUCAAGGUCUCCCAGAUUGUCCGCAUCAUUGCGGCAUAUCGCCAUCGCUCUACUACCGUUUCCGAUCGCUUUUCCAAGUUUGCCCCCGUGCUUGAGAAGCAGAUCGGAGAUAUCGUCUCUAAGAAAGAGACCGUCCGUUUCAUCCUUCCGGCGUUCCCUUUCAAGGCCCCAGCUGAGGGAAGCAAGCGCAAGACCCUUGGUCCUCUCCCGGACAAGGCCGAAGAAAUAGCCUUGCAGACGCUAAAUGGAUUCGCCGAGUCGAUUGCCGAAAUUUAUGAUGGCGGUGCCAGAGUUGUGAUCGUCUCCGACGCAUCAAUUUAUGGCGAUCUUCUGAAUAUCGCCGAGAGCGACGCUUUUGCUUAUAACCAAGAGCUUCAGAAGCUGGCUGCAUCGCUAGACCUUCAAUAUCUGGAAUUCACCAGCCCAGGAGCCCUGGUUGGCAUUGUGCCGCAGGAAGCUCCGACUCUCGAAAAAUAUUCCGAAGUUUUGAGCAAGACCCGCGACCACCUCGCUCAUUCAUUUUUCCACGUUUCAUCGUUUGAUGACGAGAACGAACAAGCGACGAGCCGGCACUAUGACACAGCUCUUCCGGAGAGCAACCAACCCGCCGCUUUGAAGAAUGCGAUACUCCAGCGAGGCAAGGCUUACGCAGCUUUGUUGGAGUCUGCUGCACCAUCCGCUAUCCGCUUAUCGAUUCACGAGUCUAACAACAUGGGUAAAAUCACAGUGGACCUAUUCCCUCCCGCGACAAACCCUGAUUUCAUUACUCCCUGGCAUGGGGCCUUGGCAAUCCUUCCGGACGCUAGCUUGCGUGUCGUUGACGCAUCUACCGUCGAUAUGAACGAAUUCGAGGUGGCAAACAAUGCUCAAGGCCAUCCAUGGCUGCUGCGUGCCAAGUGCGACCUGUUUAAAUGGCCAGGGAUUGAGGUCGACUUUGAGCCACUUUUCCCCUGUGGUAUGCAGGUCCGUCCAAAGGAAGGACACGGUCCGUUCAGAUUCGAGGACGUUGAUAUGAAGCGUUUGCGUCGCCUCGCUUUAUCUUCAGCACCUCUCCUCCUGCGUGACUUCACAAUGGAAGUUGAGAAAGAAGUCUUUCGCGAGAAGGCGCGCCAGCUCGGUGAAAUUCAGCAAUGGCCAUUUGGUGAUAUCCUCGAGGUUCGCGAGAAUGUAGAUAUCAAUAUGAACAACGUGCUCACGAAUGAGGCUAUGCCUUUUCACUACGAUGGAGUGUUCAAAAUGGCCCAGGACGAAAAGACAGGUGAAUGGAUUUCGACUCCACCUCUCUUCCAGAUGUUCCGUAAUCGCUCAGCCUCGCAAUCCAAGGGUGGUGCCACGCUCUUCUCAUCAUCACGGAACCUCCUGCCGCUCCUAGGACCCGUGACCAUUUCUCUUGAAGAAUUACGGUCGCUAAAGUGGAAGACCUUCACCGAAGUCAAUGAUGCAUUCGGUGGUCAUGAUCUGCACCUGCCCUUUAUCGUCGCUCACCCAGAGACCGGUGCUGAUACAUUCCGUUUCCAUGAACCUUGGCCCGAAUCCAAGUGCGUCGCGGAAACCAGUAAACCGACCAUUGUGCAGGUUGUUGGGUGGCCUGAGGCUCAAAGCGACGCACUUUGCGAGAAACUGACUGAUUUGCUAUAUGACCGCCGUGUCGUUUAUCACCACCAUUGGAAGGCCGGUGACUUCAUUUUCAAUGACAACGCUACCACCCACCAUACUCGCACUGCAUUCAGUAACGGUCACCGUGAGCACUGGCGUGUGCAUGUAAAUUAA